UUUCACCUUAAAUGGCUUCAUAAAUCCGGUCCCAGAAUAUUUCUUAAUCAUUGCUUCAGAGGCAUUUUUCUUCUUCUUAGGAGUAACACAAGUUGGUGAAUCCCCAGAAAAAAAUGAUCAACCGCUGGUUUGCUUUUGGGGUUCUUCUUUGUGUUGGAAUCAGUUGUUUUAACUUUGACUGGUAGUGUAAUACAUACAGUUUAUCAGCGGCCAUGUUGAUUUCUUUUUUAACAUUUCAGACUAUUCAUGCCGAUCACUUCUGGGACUUGGAGUUAAGGGUUUAUCUGAGGACUGCUGAAGCGGUUUGAAUUACAAUUGUAUUUCUUAAUCUGCUCUCUGCAGAGGAAUAUUGAAUCUGUUUGUGAGUGAAACAGCUACCCCUUCUACCAAAGAAUGCGACUUUAUAGUCGUUGGCGGCGGGACAGGAGGCCUGGCUUUGGCUACGAGGUUAGCAGAAAUAGAGUCAUGGGAAAUCUGCGUCGUCGAGCGCGGUCCAAAGGAGGUUCCCAUGCCGGGCUGGAGUACUAACAGUUACAAAUGGACAUGCCCACAUGAUCCAGUAUGGCUGACCGAACCAACGCUUCGCACGAUGGAGACUGUCAAGCCGGAUGUCACCAGAAACAUAAACAAAGACGGACGAAUUAUCUACAUUCCAAGAUGGCGCGGUAUAGGGGGGACCUCUAGCGUCUAUGGUAGCAUUGUAAGACGCCCAAGUCCUGAGGUACUAAAGCUCUGGCCAGAAGGAUGGAAACAUGAUGAGCUGUUGCCGUACUACAAGAAAAGCGAAGACCACUACUGCCAUUACGACACAGAACAAUCGAGUGAUAUUGCACCCGCUGAUUGUAAAUACUGGCAUGGAAAAGGAGGUCCAAUGCAGGUCAAUCCUCUUCUGAAAGAAGCGUUUGCUGCAUUCCCGAAGGCGAUGACGACUGUUUGUGAAUACAGAGAACAUGCCAUGGGGAGCUAGGAUAUGCCGGCGAUUACAAUGGCCCCUUGAAUGCCCGUGCGAGCUACAGUACUUUUCAGCAAUUCAAGGACCGAACAAAUAAAAAUUACUACCCAGCAAAAACCGCCCGCAAAGACCGGGCAGCCAAGACUGCUCGGGGAAGCAGCUACACUGGCUAUUUUAAGUACAAUAAAAGGCAACCAACUAUUAUCUUCAAUGCUCCUGUCACCAAAAUUUUGUUUGAUGAUGCUCGUAGAGCCAUGGGCGUGGUGUAUCUGGACAGCACCACAGGCAAAACACAAGAAUUGCGAGCACGUAAGGAAGUGAUCCUCGCUGGCGGAGCUUUUGACACCCCGCAUCUGCUUCAAGUAAGCGGAGUUGGGCCACGUGACCUCCUCGACAAAAUCAAAAUUCCUUUGGUCGUGGAAAAUCCACACGUGGGAGAGCAUUUAUGGGAUCACAUUUCUGUCCCUUAUGUCCUUAAACUGUCUGACGCCGCCGAUAACCUACCAGAGUCAGUAAAUAUCGAUGGAACUGAACACAAGAAUACUGCAGCGCUGUUUUACAUUAAUGGUCCAUUCUCGUGGAUUUUACACUUGCGCUCUAACGUAAAGGAACGCCAGCCCCAAGACAUGACUGACGUGCAGUUGUAUGUCAUGGGUAACUCUAGCCUGUUUGAUGAGACUGAAGCUUUGUGUACAACCAGCAGUAAAAGAGGGACUGACCCCAGCGAUGGAUCUCGUGAAGGGACUAUACGAAUUAUCGAUCAAUGGCCAGAAUACCGCGGUUCUGUUAAAGCACAGACAUCAAGUAUAUUCAACAAACCUGUUCUGGACUAUGGUUGGGACUAUAAACUAGAUAACAAAGUUUCACCGAAAUUCAAAAAGGUAGCAAAGGUCGUUCGAAGUCAAAUUCGGCUGCUACGAGAAAUCUUUUUUGGCGAGAAAGCCUCUGAAGUCUCUGAAACAUUUCGGGGACUAGUUUUGGACGAAGUUGAACCCGGGCUAGACAAAGUGACAGACGAGGAGUUAGAUGUUUGGAUGCGUGGAAUGUUUGUCUCUGCCCUGCACCCCGCUUGUACCUGCAAGAUGCCCGACUGUGUUGACGAAUUUCUUAGGGUGAAAGGUGUGUCCAAUCUACGAAUCUGUGACACCUCAGCCUUUGCCACACAGAUUGAUGGGAAUCCAGUGGCUACAAUAUUUGCUAUGUCGGAGAAACUGGCAGACAUGCUCAAGAAAAAAUAUCUUGAUGAUCUUGAUGAAAAAUCUUGCACUAAAACCAAAGGCAAGAAGAGCAAUCUCAUUGAAGCAGAUUCAUCAGAUAGCAAUGACAAUUGCUUUGACUAAAACACAUCUGUUAGGUGUUUGAACUAAUACUCAAGUGCUAUCACUGAAAAGUAGGCUGAUGUCUAGUUUCAUUUGUGUUAUCUAUUAUUUUCCCUGCACUUACCUUAUUAUAGACAAGGAAAUUAACGCUCCAUGAAGUUAAGGUAUUGAAAAGGACUUUCACCAAAGGAAAUUAACGCGAAAGAGAAGGGACCAUUUCAAAAUGAAGGACUUUAACGCGACGUUCAUAAAGAAACAAAACUUGUUGAGACAACGGGAAAAAAGGUAGACGUAUAAUCCAAAAUGGAAGCUUUGUUGGUGGUUCUUUCCCACAACAUAUUAACGGGGUCGAACGAAGAUAGAAAUCUAGCCACUUUGAGGGUUCUUUACAGUUUCACUGUUGUUGGCGGAUCUACACCCUGAUAAUAUACUCGAUCCUCUUUCUUAGAUGUCAACGUUUACAAAAAUUAACCCGACUUGCAUUAACGCGAAUUUCAAUAUCAUGAAGCGUUAAUUUCCUAUAAUAAGGUAUACGAGCUGUUUUAAAAACAAUUCGUGCCGUUAGUUUUCACGAGCCUUUCCGCAUAUAAGAGGCUUCAAAAAGAGCCCAGUUUUUUUUUCUAAGAGCAACUUGCAAUGUAAGAUAGAUGACACUGGCAGGAUAGUGCGUGUGUGUGUUUUUCUUUCAGCACUUCCACUGUGAGUCAAGCUUUAGUUCUUUUCCACUCGUUCUGAUGUUACCAGAGUUUAAAUGUACAGUCGACUCCCGAUAACUCGAACCCGGAAAUCGAUUUCCCCUGGAUUUCUCUCGCACAUUUACUGUAAUUUUACCCCUCGGUUACUAGAACCCUCGAUAUUUGGAACCUCCCGGACAUAUAAUUUUACCCUCGAUAACGUGAACCACUAGUUUAGGUGCUUAAAAAGGCGGGAAAAAACGGUGUACUGGCCUCCGAAACAUUGAUUUUGAAUUUCCCAUUGACGUGUUGUAGGCAUAUCAGGCUGAUGUUGUUGUCACAAAUCUAAACGUUAAACGGUUUUACUUCUCAAACAGUAAAACGCAUGCUCUAUUUAGGCUAUGUUUUGUUACUCACGUUCUGAUUUAUAGUCUAGAAGUAUC